UGUUGCGUGUCCGUCCAGUCAUCCGUUAGCGUCGAGGGAAGCAAACACAGCGAUACUGAGAGAGAAUCGCAGCAGAUUCCAUAGCAUUAUUCUCUCUCUCGAAAGCUGCUAGAGAAAAGCAGGUGCUUUCUCUCUUCCAACCUUUCAAAACCUCAUCUUCAUCUCCGCAUGGCUUCUUCUUUAGUACCCAUCUCACAAUCCCAUCCCUUCCCGAGCGAAGCCUACUUCAAAAACCCCAAAACCCGGUCCGCUUUUGCCUCGGUUUUCGUCAGAGAUUCCAAUCUUCAAGAUAGAAUCUUCAGCAGGGGAUCCUCUGCUUUGAAUGGCCGUAAAAGAGCUGAGAAACCAUUCAAGACGUUUCUCGUGUCGGCAACAACAGCGGAGAAGCCGAAGAAGCGGUACCCCGGCGAGGCGAAGGGAUUCGUUGAGGAAAUGCGGUUCGUGGCGAUGAAACUGCACACACGCGACCAAGCGAAAGAAGGCGAGAAAGAGCCCGACACGCAGCCGGUUGCGAAAUGGGAGCCAUCAAUCGAAGGGUAUGUCAGGUUCUUGGUGGACAGCAAAGGGGUGUAUGAUACGCUAGAGCAGAUCGUCGAGAAGGCAGCGUGUCCUUGGUAUGCCGAGUUCAGGAAUACGGGCUUGGAAAGGUCGGAGAAAUUGGCGAAAGAUUUGGGGUGGUUCAAGGAACAAGGCCAUGCAAUUCCAGAACCAUCUUCUCCUGGGACUUCUUAUGCUCGCUAUCUUGAAGACCUAUCUGAAAAGGACCCUCCGGCAUUCAUCUGCCACUUUUACAAUGUAUAUUUUGCUCACACAGCUGGGGGUCGAAUGAUCGGUAAAAAAGUGGCUGAGAAGAUACUUGACAAGAAGGAAUUAGAGUUCUAUGAGUGGGAUGGAGACCUUUCCCAACUGCUGCAGAAUGUGAGGGAGAAGCUCAACAAAGUCGCAGAGAGCUGGUCUAGGGAAGAGAAGGACCAUUGCUUGGAAGAGACUGAGAAGUCCUUCAAAUACUCAGGACAGAUCCUUCGCCAGAUAUUUUCAUGAUGUUCAAAACCCCGCCAUCCCGACUGAGAAGUCUUUCAAAUACUCAAGAGAGAUCCUCUGCCUGAUAUUGUCAUGAUGUUCAAAACCCCACCAUCCCUGUGAAGGGUAAGUAAUUUCCUACACAAGAUGGCUUGACCAUUCUGCCUACACCGUUGCACUGAUUUCUUCUUCUUUUCCCCAUGAUUACUGAAAAGAUUAUGAUUUAGUACAAAGAUGUUUGUUGUUAUUGGCAUCAUGAAUGAAUUAUAAUUAGUCAUCUACCCUUCUGCAAAAGAGGUUUUCAGUUUGCACAAGAGAUCGUAGUAGUUGAAUCUUAGGCCCUUAGGAGCCAACUGAAGGGUUAAUACUUCCCUACAUGGGAAUUUUGUGGCGUGCGGUACUUCCAGGGUAGGUAUUGGCUCAACAGUUUUGAUCAACUGAACAAUGGGACCCACUUGUGCAAUUGGAUACUUGAACAUCCUAUGGAAGCUCCAAGAGGAGCAUUGAAUGUUACCUCUCUUA